AUGCCGUCCGGAGACAAUUCACCAUGCCGCAUCGCCUCGUUCAGCGGGUUCAUGGGCGACCGCUAUGAUGCGCUCAAGACGCAGGCCGAGACCGGCACGGGCAUCCUCUUUGGCGACUACCUCGCCGAAAUGAACCUUGCUUGGCGCGCGCUCGAGCUCCGUAAGCGCCCCGACCUAGGCUACGAGUCGGGGUUCCUGCACCACCUCAAGCUCGCGCUUCCGGCCAUCAAGGCGAACCGGCCCAAGAUCCUUACCAACGCUGGCGCGCUCAACCCCAAGGGCCUGGCAGAGGAGACGGCCAAGAUCCUUUCGGAAGCCGGGAUCGACCUCAAGGUCGCGUAUGUCGAGGGCGAUAACCUCAUCCACCGGCUUGACGAGCUCAAGGCGGCCGGCGAGACAUUCUACCAUCUCGAAGACGAUGACCGACACCUUAAGGGAUGGGAGCAUGAGGGCGGGAUCACGAGCGCGAACGCGUACGUCGGCGCGCGGGGUGUUUACGAGGCUCUCAAGGCCGGUGCGGACGUGGUUAUUUCCGGCCGGUGCACGGAUGCCUCGCCCGUGAUCGCCGCCGCGGCCUGGUACCACGGUUGGGAGUGGACCAACUACGACGCACUGGCUGGCGCACUCCUCGCCGGUCACUGUAUCGAGUGUGGCGCCUACGUUACCGGUGGUAACAGCUCGGGAUUUACAAAGUAUCUCUCGCACUACUACAACUUUAGCAUGGGUAUUGCCGAGAUUAAUUCCGACGGCACAUUCGUGAUUACAAAGGAAAAGAGCAAGGACGGCAAGUGGAACGGCGUCGUCAACGACAUUACCGUCCGCAGUCAGAUCCUCUACGAGAUCCAGGGCAACGUCUACCUCAACCCAGACGUACAGGGAAUCAUCGACGACAUUGUCGUGACUGACGAGGGCAACGACCGCGUCCGCGUGUCUGGUGUACGUGGCCGCGCCCCGCCUCCGACCACCAAGGCGGCCAUCUGUGGCGUGGCGGGAUACCAGGCCGAGGCGCUUGUUUUCGCCACGGGUCUCAACGUUGAGGAGAAGUUUGCGGCCCUCAAACUCCAGAUUUCCCAGUUUAUGGCGGACAAGGUCGACCAGUUUACCACUUGGGAUAUGACGCAGUACGGUGUCGCCAAGCCAGAUGCGGAUGAGGAGGCACUCGCGACGGCCAUGUUCCGGAUCUUUGCUCAGGCCAAGACGCUCGAGGCGUUCGGGCCGGCCAAGACUCUCCGCGCGCUUGUCAACCCCGAGGGACUCGGUCACUUCCCAGGAUACCAGAGCCAGAUGGACAUGCGGACAACCGAGCCGACACCAUACAUCGAGUACUGGCCUGGCCGCGUGAGCCAGAAACACCUUCCGCUCAAGGUGACUUUUGUUGGAUCGUCCAAGACGAUCGACGUGCCCGCCGUGGACAACACGGAACCCCUUAUCCCUCAGAAGGACUACGACUCUGCGCAGGCCCUCGAGGCCGGCGCGUAUGGCGAGACGACGCGCGGACCACUGGGUUGGAUCGUACAUGCGCGCUCGGGCGACAAGGGCGGAAAUGCGAAUGUCGGCUUCUUCGUACGCAACAACGACGAGUAUGCUUGGCUCAAGUCCCUGCUUUCCAAGGCUGAGAUUAAGCGGCUCAUGGGCAAGGAGUAUGUCGGCAACCGCAUUGAGCGCGUCGAACUCCCCGGCAUGCUUGCUGUCCACUUUGUCCUCCACGAUUAUCUCGGCAAGGGCGUGUCCUCUACCGCGAGGAUGGACAGCUUGGCCAAGGGCGUGGCAGAGUACCUCCGCGCACGGUAUGUUGAUCUGCCGAACCAGUAUCUCGACCGGGGUAAGAUUUAG